AUGUAUAGAAGUUUAGGAUUACUUAUCAGAACUACAUCGAUUGUAUUGAAGUGUUUAAAAUUAGUAUAAUUAAAUGUGGAUAAGAGGUCCAAAAAAAGCAAAAGUAGAGGCAGUUGCCACUUCAGAUGAUUUAAUUAAUAUUUGGAAAGAUAGAAAAGACCCAGAAAUCAAAGAGAUUGAUGAGUAUCCUUUAUGGUUAUUAGAAUUGGCAGUGCCAUUAGACAGCAUAGACGUAGCUUCUAUUUAAAUCGCAGCAAAUGAUAAAGCCUAUGUUAGCUAUAAUUUGUUAUUUAGCACCCUCCAGCAAGUCAUGUGAGGAGUAUUGUUAGAAGUAUUAAAAGACAGAGAAUUAUCUUAAUGAAUAAAUACACAGCUUUAAAUAGAGAUGGAGAUGUAAUUGGUGAUGAUGAUCUCAAUGACUAAGAAGAUCAAUUGGAGCAUAUUUAAUAAGAGAAAUUAGCAGAAGAAGCUGCAGCCGAAGAAGCAGCAAGACUCAAAGAAUUAGAAGAAGAUGAUGAAGAUACACCUAAGGGUAACAUUGAUUAAUUACUUAUUAAAUAGCAAGAAAGCCAGCUAUUAGAAAAGAAGAAGAUGAUGACGAUAAACCAGCAGCUGGAAAGGGUGGUGAUAAAGAUAAAGCAGCAGCUGGCGCUAAAGGAGGGGCUGCAGCAACAGGAGCAGCAGGAAAAGCUGGAGAUACUGCCAAAGGAGGCAAAAAAAAAUGAGGUGUAAAUCUAUAUUGGAA